GAUUUCCGAGUAAAUAGCAUAAAACUACUAGUUUACAGGCUUUGGUUCCAAAAAACUACCACUUUUUAAUUUUUCUCAGAAAGCUACCGAACGCGCGGUCCGCUGUUUCAAAAAACCCAAACCCGCGGUGACUAGCGAUUUAACCCGUUUUCUGACGGACCGGGCCCAUCUGUCAGCCCACGUGGCCACGCGCGCUCACGGCGCGGCCGUUAACGGCCGUUAGCCGACCGGCCCGGUCGGAACUGGGGUAAAUAACCUGCUCGGUCGGUCGGGCGCACCCGCUCGCACACUCUCUCGUGCUCGCUCGCUCACUCCCCUGCUCUCACUCCCCUGCUCCAGUACGAGCUCGCCGCCGCUCGUCGUCUUCGAGGCCGGUGGCCGUCGACCUCCUUGCCGCAAUGCCUUCCUGGAACGACGAGGAAACCAGCUCGGAGGAGGAGUGCGAGGUUGUCAGCAUGGACAUGGGACUUAUGGAGGAACCAGACACCACUGUGGAGCCCCUUUUCUGUGGCCAACUUGAGCUUGCUCAUCCCAAGUGCAUUCUGCACCAACUGAGGCCUAUUAAGCGUGUUGCUUUUGAAGGGCCUGUAACAGGAAGGCGUUUCUAUGGCUGCCCAGUCCAGGAAAAUGGUGUGAAUUGUGGUGUUGUAGAGUGGGUUGAUGGGCCUUGGCCAACUGUUCUUCAGAGAUGUUUGUGCAAACUAUGGGAGAUGUUCCAUGAGCAGAACUUUGGAAGGGUAUAGGACAAGGAGAAGUUUGAGAAGGAGUUGGCCAGGCUUAAGAGUGAACAUGAAAGGGAGUUGGCCAAGCUUAGGACUGAAAAUGACAAGCUUUGCAUUGAGUACACCAAGCUUGUUGAUGAUGUAUCCAAGAUGUUUGAUUGGCAGGAUGGUAGGGUGGACAAGAAGGUGUACCAGAAACAAGUGGAGGAGGAAGAACUUGAGAAGAAGAAGAAGGAGCUAGAGGAGAAAGCUAUGUUGGAGGUGCAGAUGGAAAAGCUCAAACUUGCAAAAGAGCAGAGGUGCAUUUUGCAGAGCCAAGCUGAUAUCAUCAAGAACACCAGGAAGGCUAUGAAGGCUGUUGAAGUUGACAGAGAUGUUCUUAAGAAGGAGAAGGCAAAGCUUGAGCUUGUUGUUGCUGAGCUGCUGAAAGAAGGGUAUGGCAGCAAGGAGAAGUUAGAGCAAAUCAAGGCCAUCCUUGAGUCUUGAAGCUUGAUCUUGGUGAAGUAAGUACAUCCAAAGGCCUUUAUAUAAGGAUGUGGCCUGGCAUGACUGCAAGUGAUUAUGGGUGUACAUUUUGGGGGAAUGUGAAGUUUAACCUAGUGCAAGAACCUUAUUUCCUAUGUUGUUAAGUUGUAAUGGAUCUUCUAUUAAGUAGUGGAAAUGGAUCUCUUAUGCUACUAAGUUGUGGAAAUGUAGAAUGUAUGCUAUUAAGUGUUCAACUUGAUCUUAUAUCUUUUAUAUGUUAUUUGUUAGCCUACUAAUAUUAUUUCUGUGGGUAUUUGGGCUUAUUGGCCCACUAGUCUUUGACCAAAUGCAACCCUAGGCCUGCUAAACCCAACCCCAUCCAUCUGUCAAUAUAAACCCCUCCCCACCCCCACCCUUUCCCAGUUAC